UCUUUUUGUGUUGGAUGGUGAAUACGGACAUCGUCAGGACCUCAUGUGCGACUCUUCAGAGCCCCAGCCCAAAAGAGGAAUAUCUGCAGCGAUUCUAUCACCUGAAGAUGCGGCGUCGCAGUAAGAGGCAUGCAGAUCCAAUGAAGGAGAAGAUUAGAGCAAUGCAACACUUCUCUAACCUGAAUAAAAGUGGCCUUUUGGGUCUGAAAACCCUGGAUGUGAUGAGAGAGGCAAGAUGUGGAGUACCUGAUGUGGAGAACUUCUCCCUUUAUCCUGGACGGCCCAAAUGGAAGAGCAACACCAUCACAUACAGGAUUGCUAGAUAUACCCCUGACCUCAGCCGAGAAGAGGUGGAGAACUCCUUGCGCUUGGCUCUAAAAGUAUGGAGUGAAGCUGCUGCUCUAAAGUUUGUCCAAGUAAAACACGGCGUGGCAGAUAUUAACUUCUCCUUCAACUACAAAGCUCAUGGAGACUUUUUCCCUUUCGAUGGCCCGGGAGGGGUGCUAGCCCACGCUUUUGAGCCUGGAGAUGGCAUCGGAGGGGACGUACACUUCGAUGAUGAUGAAACUUGGACAGCGGGACGCGGCAGACCAGGAUACAACCUGUUCUCGGUGGCAGCACACGAGCUCGGUCACUCUUUGGGUCUGUCUCAUUCACGGGACCCCACUGCUCUCAUGUAUCCAAAGUACAAGUUCCUCAACCCUGCAACGUACAAACUGCCAAGAGACGACACACUGGGCGUCCAGGCUCUAUACGGAAAGAAAGCAAACCAACAAAGAACACUUGUAAUCCCCUAUAAGUGUGAUCCAGACUUUUCUCUUGAUGCAGUGACAGUGCUCGGAAAAGAAAUUAUCUUCUUCAAAAACAGUUACGUGUGGGUUAGAACAAACUGGAAGACAUACUGGAGCAGACUAAGAGAAGGCCCUCAGAGCGUUUUUCUACCCGGCAUCUUCUCACCUGUAGACGCUGCCUACGAUGUUCCUUCUAAACGAGCGGUUUAUGUGUUCACAGGUCCUAAAUAUUGGGUAGUUCAGAAACUGGAGACAAAGAGCUAUUAUAGCUCCAUCUAUGACUUUGGAUUUCCAAAAACAGUGAAACAAAUAGAUGCCGCUGUUCAUGUCACUGAAUACGGAAAGACCUAUUUUUUCACAGGAGACUACUAUUUCAGUUAUGAUGAGAAACAAAGUGCGAUGGAUCGUGGAUUUCCAAGGAAAAUUCAUAGGGAUUGGCCUGGAAUUGUUGGCAAAGUGGACGCAGCUUUUGAACUCAAUGGGCAUGUUCACCUCUUCUGCAGAUCAAAGGCAUUUAUCUUCAGCCAUCAGAAAAGACGUUUGCUACACGUUAUGAACGCUAAUGCUUGGUUUGGUUGCUAAGAGUCGAAAAAACAAUUAUUCACAAGAAGCACAGGAAGAAAUCGUGUGAUGUUAAAAGUUUUACAUGAAACCAUAAAUGCCAAUAAAAAACCUUUACGAUUAAGAGUGAGAUGAGAUUUCCAGCAAGCCAAUACUAAUUUUUACUUCACAGGUGUCUAAAGUAUUAUGUUGCUAUUUAAUUUAAGUUAUAUUUCAAUGUACAGCUAACAUGUGACACCUAAAAGUACACCAACAUAGUGCUACUGGCCUGAGGAAAGUCAUGAGGAAAAAAAAAAAGGGCCAAAAAGGACAAGUGAAGUAAAAGUACUAAGAUGUGGUGUCUGAUAUGAUCUGAUAUGGCUUGUUGACCUAGUUUGGAUUAGCUAUCAAAAUAACACAGCGUAUGAGUACAGAGAAUGUUAAACAGCUGGGAAAGUGAUUUAUUGUUGCCCCUAGGACUUACAGGACCUUGCUUGCCUCGAUUUCAUACCCAGUGACCUCAUUUCACCUCACAAGCCUCAAUGUGCGCGAGUGUGUGUGUGUGUAUAUAUAUACAUAUACACAUACACACACACACACACAAAAUAAAAUUCCCUUGGUUUAUCAAAAAUGUUGAGUAACAGUAUAUUAGAUCAUUUAUUUGUACUCACCUAGUAUGUGAUUGAAAGCUGAAUUUUCAGCCGCUAUUACUUUAGUCUUAGUGUCACACGAUCCUUCAGAACUCAUUCUAAUAUGCUGAUUUGCUGCUC